UAAAAUAAGGGGAACUAUUUGCUAUUGAGACACAUUGGCUUAGUCUGAGGUAAGAUCCCCUCCUCCUCCCCUCAUAUAUUCAGUUUGCAGGCUUAGUUGUGUUGCAGAGCACCUUCAGGGUGCACGACAGGCAGCAGCAGAGAAACAUGGUCUUUGUCUUUGUUCGUUUUUAUUUAUUUUCAUGUCCAUCGCCUGUUUGCGUUACUAGUCAGUUGAGGAGUGAAGCGGUGAAACAGGAGGAGCACCGACCGAACGGAAGCGAAUGACACUGAUGUCCGUCUGCCUUGUGAUUGGCUGGAGCGAUGGCAGGUACCAAGGUGGAGAAGCUUGAAGGAGGCAGAAGACCACCGGGAGAUACGGCCCCGCCGGAAGGUGGCUGGGGCUGGAUGAUCGUCGCUGGCUGUUUCCUCGCCACCAUCUGCAUCCGGGCAGUGACCAGAUGUGUUUCCAUGUUCUUUGUGGAGUUCCAGCUGCACUUUGAGAAGGAUUAUUUGACCACCGCCUGGAUCAACAGUCUGAUCGACGCCACCACCAUGCUCUGUGCUCCUCUGGGUGGUUUUCUUGGAAACCGACUCUCCUGCAGAGCUACAGUGAUUCUGGGAGGUCUGCUGUCUUCUUCUGGUCUGGUCCUCAGCUCCUUUGCUUCCAGUCUGGAAUAUCUAUACAUCUCCCUGGGCAUCCUCCCAGGUCUUGGCUUUGCUCUUAGCUACACACCAGCUAUAGCGAUGGUUGGGAGGUACUUCAGUGAGAGGAAAGCUCUGGCCUAUGGCAUCGCCAUGUCUGGGAGUGGUAUCGGGACCUUCAUCCUGGCCCCUGCAGUCCAACUGCUUAUAGAGCAUUACUCCUGGAGAGGAGCUCUGCUCAUCCUAGGAGGAUUUGUUUCCAACCUGUGUGUCUGUGGUGCUCUGAUGAGGGAACCAACAAGAAGUGAAGGGAUAUGGGAGAACAAAAUGACAAACCUGGAGAAAGAUUGCAUUAUAACAGCACUGGAUUCCAAAGACACUGAACAAGUACCUGCUGACUGCAGCCAAGUGGAGGCAAAGAAGCUGGAAAUCCACAACUUAUUGGAUACUCAAAGGCUACUUAUAGCCAAUGGAGCGCUCAAAAACUUCGACCUUAAAAAUAACAAGCUAGUUCAGGGGAACAUAGCGCUGCUAUCAAGUUCAAGCCCGUGUGAUCGGAAGAUAGCUGAUUGCAUUUUAUUUCACAACAAGCUAACAGAGACAAUACCUGGGGAGCUCAAACGCUCAGAUCCCAAACUAGCAAAUGCUAGCACAAUUGAGGGCUUGAAAGUGGUGGAAAGCAUGAAAUUGAACAAGGCAGCUGACAUGGAUGCUAAGAUAGCAGAGUUAUUAGUGAGCUCAAACAGUUCAUCAAGAGAUCACUGUUUUAGUCUUGAGACCAGGGAAGAGUUUGGAUUUCUUGUGAAAACCGACUUCCUGAUUCUGUCUGUGUCCUUACUGUUUUUGGCUUAUGGCUGCAGCGCUCCAGUAGUUUACCUGGUUCCUUAUUCCCUCAGCAUGGGGUUGGUGCCCCAGCAGGCUGCCUUCCUCAUGUCCAUAUUUGGAGUCAGUGGCAUUGUGGGUAACAUCACCUUUGGUUGGAUCACGGACAGGAACUGUCUGAAGAGGUAUCGCAUGCUGAGCUACAUGAUAGCGAUAGGUAUGGAUGGCCUUUGCUGCAUGUUCAUCCACCUUCUUCGGUCCUUUCCCCUCCUGGUCCCAUUUUCUGUCCUCUAUGGGUACUUUGAUGGGGCGUACGUGGCGCUUAUCCCAGUGGUGACUUCUGAUGUUGCAGGCUCCACCUACCUGACCUCCGCUUUGGGUGUUGUCUUUUUCCUGCAUGGCAUCCCCUACCUGAUUAGCCCACCCAUAGGAGGUUGGUUAGUAGACAGGACGGGAAAUUACAAGGCAACCUUCUUUCUCAGCGGGACUUGCUUCAUGUUCAGCUCUGUGGUUCUCGGAGCUGCCAUGCUCGUCAGACGCUGCCAGACGUCCAAGUCUGACUCAGCUGCACAUUUAAAUCCCAAUCCCACUGCUGCUGCAGCUCAGCAGGGCAUCAUAUGACAAAACAAUCAAGAUGCUGCUCCUCCAACUGCACGGAUGGGCACCUUACCACUGCUGGUUUGU